GAUACAAGAGUAUUAAGAAUCUUUGAAUGUGACGUUUUUGAUUUGGUUUAUAUAUGGUAAUUGAAUAUUUAUAGGUGUAGUUCCAAAUCUUACUAAAUCAGAGAAAACGAUGAAGAGUCCAAGAUCAGAUAGUCCUUCAGCUUCUCCGGCGAUCCUAGAUCUCGUGGAAAACCAACGUCAGUCGACUUCUGGAGAGUUUUUAAGAUUAGAGAAACGAAUCGGGGCUAGGAAGAUAGCGUUUCACUCCAAGUCUAUGUCUAUGCCUCGAGGUUCCAUGUUUCAUGACCAUGAAGCUUUUAGAAACUCCAAGGACAAGAGGUAUGACCUAUUCAGGACCAUGUCAGGGAAUCUCGAACGUCAGAUAUCGAAUCUACGUGGAAAACCCAUUGACAUUUCUUUGCAGGAUAAAGAGAUCACUGAGUCUCUAACCGCUGAGAGAUUCUUAGAGGCUCUUCAAGGCCCUGAACUUGAAACUCUUAAGGAGAUAGAGAAGAUAGUGUUGCCUGAGGACAAAACAUGGCCAUUUCUACUUCGGUUUCCAGUAACAACCUUCGGGAUGUGUGUUGGAGUAAGCAGUCAAGCCAUCAUGUGGAAGACCCUAGCAACCACAAAGGCCGAGAAGUUCUUGAACGUCACGCAAGUGGUCAACCACGUUCUUUGGUGGAUCUCACUCGUCAUCCUCCUCUCCUUCUCCAUUACUUACCUCUUCAAAACCAUCUUCUUCUUCGAGGCUGUCCGCCGCGAGUUCAAGCAUCCCAUCCGAGUCAACUUCUUCUUCGCACCUCUCAUAUCAGUCCUCUUCCUAGCACUUGGUAUCCCACAUUCCAUCACCUCGAGUCUCCCCUCUAUACUCUGGUACUUCUUCAUGGCUCCGAUCUUGCUUCUUGAGAUGAAGAUUUACGGACAGUGGAUGUCUGGUGGACAACGACGCCUCUCCAAAGUUGCUAACCCUACAAACCACCUUUCCAUCGUCGGUAACUUCGCCGGAGCACUUCUCGGAGCAUCGCUGGGGUUGAAAGAAGGACCCAUGUUCUUCUUUUCCGUCGGGUUGGCUUAUUAUUUGGUCUUGUUUGUGACUCUCUAUCAGAGACUUCCCACAAACGAAACCUUACCUAAAGAGCUUCACCCUGUCUUCUUCCUCUUUGUGGCUGCACCUGCUGUAGCUUCCAUGGCUUGGACCACGAUAUCUGCCUCUUUCGGUAUUGGCUCCCGCAUCGCUUACUUCAUCUCCUUGUUCCUAUACUUCUCCCUGGUUGUUCGGAUUAACUUUUUCCGAGGAUUCAAAUUCUCUCUAGCUUGGUGGGCUUACACGUUUCCUAUGACGGCGGUGGCCACUGCGACGAUAAAAUACUCAGGGGAAGUCACCGGAUUAGCAACUCAAAUACUGGCAGUUGUGCUGUCAGGAGCAGCAACUCUGACGGUGAUAGGUGUCCUGGUAUUGACUGUGGUGCAUGCUUUUGUCAAACGUGAUCUCUUCCCCAAUGACUUCACCAUUGCAAUUAGUGCAGAGCAACCGAAACAGAAGAAAUGGUUGAAACAGCUCACAAAUGGAAGUUUGGGAAAUAGUACGAGAGGUGUCAAGGUUUUGGACCCGGAAGAUACUCGAAUAGAUAUAGAAGCUCCCCCUUUAUCAAAUGCAGUGUGUCACACGGUUUAGUUAGCCAAAGUAUUCAGCGUAGAGGUAUGAAACAAAACGAAGUAUAAGCAAUUGAUAAAAAUAAAAACAAUGGUGCAAGUCACACACGGUUGCGGCUUCGUCAGACUUAGGCUAGGGUCCUGGGGAGUUUCACUCUUUCCCAUGUCUCUGACUAAAGUAUAGAAAGGCACAAGGUCUGACAAAGUACAACAAAGUCAGUGCCUUGCUUGAUUCUACUGGCCGACUUGCAAAGAAACUCUAUGAUCAGAUGGCUCGUAACUCAUGAGCAGUUGUAUCCUUGUACUACCGAUCAGAAAGACAACUUCCAUCGAAGUGGAAUGUCAUCAUGAGAGGUAGAAAAGUCAAUGCUCGUUAUAUUCUUCUUGUCAUUUGUAUUUUUAUUAGUUUACAUCCCUCAUUUGCAUAUCUUUGUAUCUUCAUACCUUGAACUUGAAGUAUAUUAUAAUUUA